AUGAGUCUGGAGAGUUCGAAGAUCCGGUCAUGGAGGGACCUCUCCGAGGAAUUCUGGAAACAGUAUAAGUACAACCUUGACAUGGCUCCGACAAGGCUUCAAUUACAGAAUCAGUCGCAAAGAUCUAAUGAAACCUUCAAGGAAUAUGCUCAACAUUGGUGCGAAAUGGCGUCUAGGGUUCGGCCAGCAUUAUCUAACAAUGAGUUGGUGGACAUCUUCAUGGGUACGUUGCAAGGGUUAUGUUUUGAAAAGAUGAUUGGCAGUUCAUCAACAAAAUUCACUGACAUGGUUACUAUUGGGGAACGUGUUGAGAGUGAGCUGAAAUCCGAGAAAAUAACAGACAUGACCGCAUCGCAGACAACCAACAAGAGGCCACAUGGGGGCUUCGCUAAAAAGAAGGAGGGGGAAGCAAACGCUCUCAAUACCAACAACCGCCUUUCCCAGUAUCAACCGCAGAAAGGCAAUCAACAAUCAACACCUGCUCAGAAAAAUCCAAACCAACAAUAUAAUAACGAUAACAGAGGGCAAAAUCGAGGUCAGAAUAACAUAGGAAAUUUUGGUAACCUCCCUCAGUUUGAAAAGAUCAUGGUGCCAUAUGCAGAGUUAGUACCAUAUCUAGUCCAUGUGGGAGCUAUUGUACCGAGGGAAUUGUCGGCAACUUCUCCUCCUUUCAAUCGGUGCCACAAUCCUAAUGCCACAUGCGCUUACCACGUAGGGUAUAUAGGACAUUCCACUGAGGAUUGUUGGACCCUCAAAAAGAGGAUCCAAGAGUUAAUUGACCAAGGGGUUCUAUCAUUUUCUGAAGAAAAACCAAAUGUAAAGACAAAUCCUUUGCCAAAUCAUAGUGGCGCGUCAGUCAACGUCGUGAUUGAAGAGAAAAGUACCGAAGUCAUACUGAGAGUUGAAGAGGUGAAGACGACGAUGUUCGUUGUAUUACGAAAGCUAGAACAAUUUGGGUUUUUAGAAGGGGUGCAUGAUGAUUGCACAGUGAAAUUCUAG